AUGACGCGCAGCGUGGCUACCCUUCUCUAUAAGGGAGCAUGUAGAGCUGAAGCUGCUGCAGCAGGCACAGCAGCAGCAGCAGCAGCAGCAGCAACAGCAGCAGCAGCAGCAGCAGCAACACGGAGCGAGAUUGAUGAGCCGCUGCUGGAAGCUUCUCAGGUGGACAGGCAAGCAGCAGGAUAUCCUCGUCUUCACCGCCCGUUACAUUUGCUGCUGCAACAGCAGCAGCAGCAGCAACAGCAGCAGCAGCAGCAACGGCAGCAGCAGCAGCAGCAGCAGCUGUUGCUGCAGUUGCAGCUCGUUAGUCCGAUCGAAGGAGAUGAGUGCGUUGGCAUUAGCAGCAGCAGAAAGCGUUGCGUGGCAACCCUUCUCUAUAAGGGAGCAUGUAGAGCUGAAGCUGCUGCAGCAGGCACAGCAGCAACAGCAGCAGCAGCAGCAGCAGCAGCAGCAGCAGCAGCAGCAACACGAAGCGACAUUGAUGAACCGCUGCUGGAGGCGGUGCAGCGGCUGUGUGGCUGCUUCCCUGCAGCAGCAAGAGUGGGGGGGCUGGAGCCUGUGCUGCUGCAUGUGCUCUCUGAGGCUCGUGCUGCUGCUGCUGCUGCUGCUGCUGCUGCAGACGGCGGCAGUCCUUGCAGCAGCAGCAACAGCAGCAGCAGCAGCAGCAGCGCAGAAGCAGCAGCAGCAGCAGCAGGAGAGUGGAUACUCGGAUGGAGAGUAACCGAAGCAGCAGCAAGCUUCCUCGUUGAGGCUUUUAGCAGCAGCAGCAGCAACAGCAGCAACACGGCUGUGUCGUGGCGGUUGCCGCUGCAGCAGCAGACAGCAGCAGCAGCAGCAGCAGCACGAGCACUGAAGGCCCGCUGGCUGCAGCUGUACAGAGAGGAGCAGCAGCAAGAGGUGCUGGUGCAGCAGCAGGAGGAGAAGCAGAACGCAACCCAGCAGGAGAAGCAGCAGCAGCCGAAGCAGCACAAACAGCAGCAGCAGCAGCAGCAGCAGCAGCAGCAGCGGGAUUCUGCUGCAGCUCUCGUGCGCUUUGUUGCUGCUAUCGGUGCCUCAGCUGAUGGCUUUGUUGGGGGCCGCUGCUGCAUCUUUGUCUCUAGGGCGAUGCUCAAGGAGUUAGUUAAUUACUUAGAGCUGCUGCUGCUGCUGCAGCAGCAGCAACAGCAGCAGCAGCAACAGCAGCAGCAGCAGCAGGGAGAGGGUAUGGUGUUAUAUCAGCAGAAGCAGCAGCAACAACUGCUGCUGCUGCUGCAGCAGAUGCAGCAGCAGCAGCAGCAUGAAACCAAUCGAGCUGCUGCUGCUUGGGCCCCUCUAGGGUGUGUGGUUAAUGUGCUGCAGCAGCUGGGCAAGCUGCAGCAGCAGCAGCAGCAGGAGUUGCUGCUGCUGCAGCAGCAGAAGCAGCAGAGAAACAGCACCGAGACACAGCUAUAUAGUAAACGUCAUCAUCAGCACCAGCUGUUGUUUCGUUUCCCUUGGGGUUCCCCUGGAGAGCCGCUGCUGCUGCAGCAGCAACAGGUGAUGCUGCAGCUCCAACAGCAGCAGCAAAAGCAGCUGGUGAGGGGGCAGCAGCAACGGCAAAUGCAACAGACAGAGGGAGUGGCGCUGCCGCCGGCUGAUGCUGCUGCUCCUGCUGCUGCUGCUGCUGCUGCUGUUGCUGCUCCUGCUGCUGCUGCAGCUGCUGAUGCGGUGACUGGAAGGCCGCUGCAGCAAAAAGAGGGCCCCUGCGCCAUCAAGACAGAAGCAACGACUGCAGCAGCAGCAGAUGCUGCUGCUGCUUCUGCUGCUGCUGCUGCUGCUGCUGCUGCUGCUGCACCUGCUCCAGGAGAGCAACAGCCCCACACGGUGCAGCAGCAACACAGAGCCCAUCCAACUCAGCAGCAGCAGCAGCAGCAGCAGCAACCGCAGCAGCAGCAGCAGCAGCAGCAGGCAUUGCAGCUGUACUCUAUGCAUCAGGAAUUGGGGGGACUUUCAGGUGUCUAUCAACGCAACCCUGCCACUGCAGCAGCAGCAGCAGCAGCAGCAACCGGUGCAGCAGCAGCAGCAGACACAGCAGCAGCACCGGGACGAGCAGCUCCCUACGGGAGUUCUGCUGCUGCUGCUGCUGCUGCUGCUGCUGCUGCACGUCAGCAUACGGAUACGGCUGGCGCUCUGCGGUGUGCACCUGUGAGGGGUCUUGCUGCAGCAGCAGCAGCAGCUGCUGCUGCUUCUGGUGUAUAUACAGCUCCUCUGUCUAGGCAGCAGCAGUCACCAAAAGCUGCUGCUGCUGCUGCUCCUGCAGCAGCAGAAGCAGCAGCAGCAACAACAGAAUCUGACGAUGAGCUGGUGGUGUACAUUGACGCAGAAAGCGAUGCAGAUGCUGCUGAGCAGCCCCCUCGCCCUGCAGCAGCAGCAGCAGCAACAGCAGCAGCAGAAGCAGCAACAGCAGCAGCAGCAGCAGCAACUGCAGCAACGGAAUCUGCAGGUAGUGGCCCUCCAAGCCCACAGCAGCAGCAGCGACCGCCCCAGCAACAGCAACAGCAGCAGCAAUCACAGCAGCAGCAACAGCACCAGCAUCAGCAGCAGCAGCAGCACCAGCAGCAGCAGCACCAGCAGCAGCAGCACCAGCAGCAGCAGCACCAGCAGCAGCAGCACCAGCAGCAGCACCAGCAGCACCAGCAGCACCAGCAGCAAAUUGGGGGGACUUUCAGCAUACGGAUCCGGCUGGCGCUCUGCGGUGUGCGCCUGUGA